UAUGCUUGUGUGUGUGUGUGGGGGGGGGUAUAUGUGUGUGUGUGUGUGGAUAGAAAGUUGUGGUUAUGGUGGAGAGUUGUGGGACUUAGUAUAGAGAGCUUCAGGAUGUGACGACGAAAGCUGAGGAGCUCUGAUGAGGCUGCAGGCCUCCAGCCCUGACCUGCUUUGACAGUAUGGUGACAGACAGCCGCUGCGAGUGCUGCUGCUGACAGAAUCCGCACCAUUUACUCGGUCGUCAGAGCUUGAUGAGACCUGAGCUUACGCGCUGUGGUGCUGAAGGCACGACGAGUUAUGAACUCAACGGCCCCAACCUAGAAGACGUCAUAAUAUCAGAGAGGGAGGAGAAGGAAUGGAGGUGGUGGUGGUGAAGCGAAGAGGAGGCUUGGUCAAAUUGUGAAUGGGACAUCCACGGCGGCCGAUCAACAGCACGCAACUUCAUUGACUGUGAUUGCACUGACGGCGCACUCUCCACGACGGGGUCGCUUCAUGGCUGCUGCCCUGCAUUCCCACUUCGAGCAUUGUCUUGCGGAUACUUUCCUCGCCGCCUCUUUUGCUGCUGCCGCUGCUGCUGCCGUCUCCUCCGAGCUGUCCCCUCCGAGCUGUCUCCUCAGCGUCCAACGCUCACUCUCAAACGGUCCCUUGUCUCUCUCGGGCCUUCCUCCACCAUACUGGUCACGGCGCAAGCUGUAGUUUCUAGCCAUAAUCUGUCUGUGUGUCUGUUUGCCCCUCUCUGCAAUAGCUCACGCUGCACGCUCUCGGGGUGGUGGUGCGGUGUGUGUGUGUGUGUGUACGUGUUUGACACAGAUCACUUCGUAUCUCUUGUUUACAAUUUUGGGUUAAAGAAUCGAGGGUUCAAGCCUUUGACACACUCAGUUGUAGAACUUUUUCCGGGAUUAAACCUGACGUCGGAUGGGUAUUGCUGCAUUUUUUAUUCUUCUUCUCUGUGCUCGAUGCAAGGCGUUUGGUUUCAUGGACACAGUGCAGUGAGUACGACUCCAUAAAUUGUUAUUGAUUGGGUCGCUGAAAGUGGUGGGUGUGAGGGCUAAGUAUUGAUUCUUUUUCGUGUUGGUGAAGUUGAUAUACAUUGUCGAUUUCUUCUGCGAGAGAGACAAUUGUGCCUUGUGACGACGAUGUUUUGAUAGCUGCAGUGACGACACCCUUGCUCGCUUUCUCUCUUUCGUCUAUAACAAUAUUGUGGAGUUGAUUUUGCCGAAUUGGAAACUUACUAAGUAGAUUGAACUAGAAGGCUCGAAGUGUGCAUGGUCGGAAGCAGUGAGCAGCGAAACGAUAUUGAUGUUUGGUUGAGUUUGGUAAUUUUGGCUGGUCUCGAGUGAGCAGAAGGGUUUUAGCUGCUUCUGUCGUGACGCAGUAAUAAUCCUCUUCGGUUAUCCAUUCUUGAAAUUCGAUCGAAAGUCAGGAGAAGACGCGGAGCUGGCUGUAUGUUUUGAUCGAAUCGCUGAUUGGUGGUAGUGACGACGUUGAUAAGGAGACUUCCUUACUUCCUGUUGACACACACUGAGCUGAUUUUCACAGCCUCGUCGCCAUUCUUCUCACCUCCAAAGGGUUCUUUAGUUACCUGAAGUUGAAGUUGAAGUAGACUGGCGAAUGCUAGUUAACCCAACUCAACGUCAAAACGACAAACACCUCUAGUACUGCUGUGGAAUCAGAGUUAUGGUACCUUCAGCUGUUGUUGGGAAGGUUACAAGUUCUGCAGCUUGGGUACAAGUCCCAGAAGAAGCUGGUUGCCUGAAGCUGCUAAUACGCAUUUUUAUACCCUCACAUGCCCACCCCUGUAAUUGGGUCUUGCAAUGAUGGCAGUGCAAGCGAUCAAUCAUACUCUGUAUCCUUCAGCUUCGAUAAGUCUAGUGCUAAUGGUGUCGUAUUAGACCCCAAGCACUUGUUUCUUAAUAAAGUCACUUGCGACAUCGCCAACGCCUGAUUCUACGACCAGUACCGCAAAGUAGAAUCGAUUUCUGCGAAAUUGAUGACCACCUUACUUGCUUCACAAAUUGCGAAGUGUUUGCCUGAAACUUUUCCAUUGAAGUCGAGCAUUGGUCUUGACCGGGCGGUCGAUGUACUGAUCCACCUCCAGAUUGUUUUCAUGUGCGCAGCGCUGCCUUUGACUCUGUUUUAGAGGAAUCAAGCUCGUUAGAGUGAAGCUAGCGAAAUCGGGCUUGAGUGCAAAGGUAUUUCCAACUCCUCCGAUUACACCGAAUCAGUGAACAAUGACCACACCGGGAUAUGGAGAAUAUCGAAGGUCUUGCUCAUUUACUGUGGCGGUGGCCCUCACCAUGGUAAUCACAUAUCUCCUCCCUCAUGCGCACGCUCAGCUUCUGUACCCGAUCGACAUGCUAGCCCUGCGCUCCAUCAAAGCCUCCAUGAGCGAUUUACCGGGCGGAAGCUUCUUCUCUUCGUGGGUGUUCGCACUCCGGAUAAACCCCUGCCAAUCCUUCGCCGGGCUACAGUGCAUCAAGGUGGGCAGCUUCAAUCGCAUAUCAUCUCUCUCUCUCGGUCCGCUCUCCGCCGGCACACCAGGUCUCACGGGAUUUCUCCCUCACUCCCUCGGCAACCUCAUCUACCUCCAAACACUAACCAUCUCCUCAGGUGCUCUUCGCGGCGCCGUCCCGGACAAUAUCGGGAACCUUCAGAGCCUCCGCACCUUCUCCCUGGGCCCCAACUAUCUCUCCGGCCCGCUUCCAUCCUCUUUCGCAAACCUCCGCAACCUGGAGACUCUUCAGAUACGAAAGAACCAGCUUGAGGGACGAAUCCCGCCCGGGAUCAGCAACCUGUCUUCACUAAAAGUCCUUGUCCUCUCUGAAAACCGUUUGUACGGUCCAAUCCCGGGACUAUCACAAACCUCUUUGAUUCACCUCGACGUAAGCAACAAUUAUCUCGCAGGGGGGCUUCCAUUCCUUCCAAGCUCCCUCCAGUACCUCUCCACAACCCGGAACCAGCUCUCGGGAGGGAUCGAUGCCGUGAAAGUUUUAACCAAUCUCGCUUAUCUAGAUCUGAGCUACAACAGAUUCUCGGGAGGCAUUCCCAGCGCGGUGUUCGAGUUCCCUCUUUCCUUCUUGUUGCUGAACCAUAACCAGUUCCGGGGGGCGGUGGACGUGCCGGCGGAGGUGAGGAUCUCCGUGGUGGACUUGAGCCACAACAAGCUGAAAGGGAACAUCUCGCCAUAUCUCGCAGGAACGACGAACCUGUUCCUCAACAACAACAUGUUCAUCGGAACCGUACCUCAGGACUUCGCAAGCAAGAUGCAGGAAGCGACGCUGCAGUCGCUGUAUCUCCAGCACAACUAUCUAACCAACUUUGGUGCGCUGGCGAGCGCGUCCCUGCCGCCGAGCGUAUCAGUAUGCUUGCUAUACAACUGCUUGGUGCCGCCGCCGCAGUCGCUGUGCCCUCCCAACGUCGACAUGCCAGCUUCUAGACCAGAUUAUCAGUGUCUCGAUGCAAGCUCUGGGCAGCCGGGGGACUGAUCUCAAGCCGCCGCGAUCCUAGACUUGUGUGCAGCCUGUCGACGCCGACUGCUGCAGCAGCGUCUCGAUUUUUGUGCAUACAUGGAUCUUGAUGGUGUUAUAUUCCGGUAGCUCCUGCAGGAUCGACCAUGUGGGAGCUCGCAUCAAGCAUCCAAUCGCAUCUGAUCGUGUAAAGCAUUCUUUUCCUGCUUCUUUCUCUUGUAGAAAACUGUACUCUUCCGUAGAUUCAUCAGCCUGCUGUUGUAUGCUGAUCGGCAACCUAGAUGUUUUUCGAUCAGACCCGGCUUUUCUUUUCCAAUCUCGGAAUGAACGAGAUCAGGAUAGUGCGAUGACUUGGUGAAUUUGGAUCGUUUUGUUUUGCUCCGAGUCAUCAUCCUCAGAAUACGAGAAACCUCCACAUUUAGUCUUCAAGAACCUUUUGACCGAAGUGCAGUGUCGGUACAAAUGUGUAGUCUACCCCACACAAGCUUCACACAGGCAGCUUCAUAAUUCACACGAUAAUGUUGAAUCAUAGGAUCUUUCUUUUCCUACAUUUUUAUUGUUAUAAGAAAAUUCCGACAGUUGGGGCUGCCAUUUUUUUUUGUUUUAAA